AUGGACGGGCCACCACCUGAAGAUACGCCAUUCGCGGCAGUCUCUGCGCAGACCACGCGCUUUCAGAGAAUGUACCAAUCCUAUCUCGACAAGUCCACACCCUACAUCGCAUACCGAUGGAUAGGCACAGCCGUGCUCUUCUUCCUCUUCGCAAUGCGCAUAGUGUUCGCGCAAGGAUGGUACAUUGUGGCCUACGCACUGGGCAUCUACCUUCUCAACCUGUUCCUCGCGUUCAUCUCGCCGAAAUUCGACCCUUCACUCGAGCAAGAUACGGACAUGGAGGAUGGCGUGCCAGCGGGACAAGCUUCAUCAUUACCUACAAAGAACGACCAGGAGUUCAAGCCAUUCGUGCGCAGACUGCCGGAGUUCAAAUUCUGGCAUUCUGCUACACGAGCGGUCGGGCUUGCGUUUCUGUGCAGUUGGAGCGAAAUCUUCAAUCUGCCAGUCUUCUGGCCGGUAUUGGUGGUGUAUUGGCUGAUCCUGGUCUUCUUGACCAUGAGACGGCAGAUUCAGAGCAUGAUCAAGUACAGAUAUGUACCAUGGGACUUUGGCAAGACCAAGUACAGUGCGAAAUGA